UUAUACAAUUUUCUAUUCAAAUGUUGAAUUUUUAAUUUUUGCUCCAAAUAAUUCGAUUCAAACAAAAUGGGUAUAACAAAAGAAACGUUUGUCGAUUUAUACGAAAAAUACUCCAAAGUCCUCAAACUAUUGGGAGACAAUAAACCAGAUCCUGAUACUGAGCCAUAUUUAUCCCAGUAUUCGGCUAGGCAAAUUUUAAUCGGCAUGAAAGCGAGCAUUGAAAAUCUAAUGAGACACCACUCUGACAACGUCGGCCUAUCAAAGAAAUUAAAAGCGAUGCUAGCCUGGACUUACUUGUACUUGGGCAUGAUCGGACUGUCCACCGAAGAAAUAUCCGCGGGAAAGAAACAUUUAGAAAAAUGCAACGAAAUCAUCGAUGACACCUCUUUAGAACCCGAAAUGAUCCUAAUCGCUGUGAACAUGUACAACCAAUUCGGAAUCCAAUCUCACUGCGAAGCGGAGGAAUCGCACAAAUACCUCGUUAAAGCAGAAAAAUUGUACAUGGACUUCAAACGGAAAACCGAACCUCCUAUCGAUACAGACGAUUUAUUUCAAGAAAACUUGGAAUCAUACAACACCGAAGCAGCCGUUAGGAACCUCGAAAAAAUCCACACUCUCACCUUAUAUUAUCUAGCUCAAAUCUACGUAGCCAUGAAGGAGCCUCUAAAGAGCAUCGUAUACUUCCAUUUAACGCUCCAAAGACAACUAGAAUUGCAAGAGUUCGAUGAUAUAGAUUGGGCCCUAAAUGCCGCUACACUUUCCCAGUUUUUGAUUGAAAAAGACGGGUUCAAACAAGGCCGCCAUCAUCUAGCAGCCAGUUCUUGCAUACUGGACAAAUACAAGCAAAAAUUAGACCUUAUGGAAAGCAGCGAAGCGCACGAUGCUCUAGUCGAAACAUUCAAACACAGAAGCGCAGAUGUAGCUAGAUGUUGGAUGAAAUACGGGUUAUUGUUGUUAUCGAAAUCAAAAGAAAGGCUUCUAAAACGCGCCGAUGAUGAUGAUGAUGAUGAUGAUGGUGAUAAAGAAACCGAUCGAUUGUCAACCGAUUUCAGCCAUUUAGAUAUCGGUUUAAGCAGCAAUAUUUCCGAAUACGAUCCGAGAGAUUUGUACUUUAAAAACAUCGAUGUGAGCCACUACGAGAAUCAGAUAACCGAUCAGUUUAUACUAACACUUCCAGAUGCUAAAAAAGUGUUCCUGAACGCCCAACAAUGGUCUCAGAAAGCUCAGGAGUAUUACACGUUGGAAACAUUAGCGUCGGAUUUCAUACAAAUAAUGCUGGAUCAAACGCAGUUGUAUCUUAAUUUGGUUUUCUUCGAAGACGAUCCCGAAACGCAAGCGAAGCUUCACAAAAGGAGGAUUAAAUUACUCGAGCACGUUUUGAACAGCAUUAAUCCUCAGUAUUAUUUGAACUACUGUAGGCAAAUUUGGUUCGAAUUGGCUACAACUUACUCGGAUAUUUCCGAUAUUAAAUCUGAUGUGUUGAAAGAAACCGAAGGCCGGCCCGCUCCUCACAGCUUAGUUAAAAUCAACAAUUUAAUCGAAAAUGGAAUUUUACAUUACUCCAAUUUCAUAGAUUCUUUCGAGGAUAAACUCACGAAGAAGUUGCCCGAUAAAAUAGAGGAGGAUUUGGAGAAGCCUUUCCUUAGGGCCGCUUUCCACAGAGCGGCUUUGUAUGGACGUUACAUUUCGUUAGAUAAACAGGUGAAAUUGAAAAACACCGAAUUAAGCUUGGAAAAUUACAAAUUUGUUUACGAUUAUUGCGAGAGAAACUCGAAAGCGAAGGAUUUGAUGCCCAUGGAGUACGGCAUAUGCAAGGAAAUGGUGUUGUUGUUGCCUAUUAAAAUACUCAAGUUGAAAACUUAAUUAGAUUGCAUAUAAUUUAUUUAAUUGAAGCACGCCUGUAAUGCUUUAUACAUUGUUUUGUUAUAUAUUUCUUAAAAAUCUAGUUAGCACAAUAAAACUAUAUGUAAUAAAAUAUUUCUUUGUUGUACUUAAUUAACUUCCUGAGAUUAUUGAACACAUAAUAAUAAGAAUACAAAUAUUUUAUAUAAUUAAUAGAAAAUGUAUCCAUAUAACAUGUAUUUUACUUCUUAAUUACCUUCUGGAGGUAAUUAAGUUUCAACUGCUAGUGGUGUAUCAGUUACUUGUUUAUUUGUAUAAAAAUCACUAACAUCAGGGAAAAAGAAAUAUCCACCAUUCGUAGUGCGAGAUAAGAAGCCGAUGGUUAAGUAGAAAAUCAAUUCGUGACAGGAAAACAUAGGCGUAUAUACGUGGUAUAGUUGCACUGCAAUAUAACCAAUUAUAAAUAACAAAUAAAGUGAGAAACAAACGAUACAAAUGUUUAUAACAACUAAGAUCACAAAGAGAAGCUGACCGAGUGUCUUCCAAAGUAGCAUUUUGGCAGAAU